CGCUCAGAACCCGAGCUGCGCCGGCGAGCGCUUGGCGGCGCGUUGCAGCUGAACCUGCAGGCCCGAGGCUAGUGGCCGCCACGUGAAGCGGCAACGCAUUUCCAGUCCUCUCUGCAACGAGCGCCGUUCCGAGUGAGCGAUGUGUUCGUUUGGCGCUCGUUGACUGGGACGUGCUCGGCGUGUUGUCCUGACUCGCCCUGCAGCAAACAAUUGGUCACGCUGUGAACACUUUUCGCUGCGCGCCUUGUCACGGAUCCUCGCGCGAGGCGUCAAUGUGCCAAUGCUGUGCGCUAAUCGUUGAACUCUGUUUUCAAUUCCUGCUCGACUUCGAACCACGGCAUGUUCGGUGAAUCGAAAGAAACUAGUAUUUGACGCACGCGACGCGCGAUACCAGUGUCGACUCUGAGUGCUUCGUGUGCACUGGCGAACUUGCUUCAUUCGGCGCGUCAUCUCAGGUGAUUGCCGGCGCCGGAUAAAUGGCGAAGUGGAGGCUGCCACCCGUUUAACUGUCCACUAUCAGCUACUAUCAGCGUGAUGUCUCCGCUCGGUGUCAGUGUUCGGGCGUGAACUCGUGCGCCUUCUCUUCUUUCUUGGUAUCCUCCUGCGCAUUGUUUUGAACAGCUGUCGCCGUCGGUUGAUGAACAGCAGACAGUGGCCGUGUAAGACAGUGACAAGCGGAGUAAUGAUCCCCUCCCUCCAGCUGCUGCUUGCUUUGUUAGCAUUCGCGAGGGCCGCUCGUGAAGAACGUCAUGGUCCCGUGUUCAUCCGAGCGCCCCCUGGCCGAGUGGAGUUCCUCAACUCGUCCCAGACUGUGGUGCCAUGUGACGUGCAGGGCGUGCCUCGGCCCGACGUCUGGUGGUGGCGCGUCGGUUCCCAGGGUCCCGCACCGGACAUUCCGGGUCUACGUCAUGUGCGUGUGCAGGACGGUGCGCUUGUCUUCUCACCCUUCCGCGCCGAGGACUUUCGCCAGGACAUCCACGCCGCAGUGUACCGAUGUGGCGCGCGCAACAGCGUCGGCUCUGUCGUUAGCGGUGACGUCCACGUCAGGGCAGCCGUGAACCAGGAGUUCGACGUGCAAGUGUACGACGAGUUCGUCAUCAAAGGCAACACAGGGGUGCUGCGCUGUCAGAUACCGAGCUACGUCAAGGAGUACGUCACCGUAACGUCGUGGGUGCGGGACGAUGGCCUCGUCGUUCACGCCGACUCUGAUUCGGGUGGUCGCUUCACGGUGUUCCCAUCCGGGGAACUGCACGUCCGCAAGGUUGACCCGACCUCGGACAGUCACCGCAAAUACUACUGUCAAGCCAAGCACAGGCUCACCGGAAAGGUCUUCCGAAGCACAACCGUCGCCAGGCUUAUCAUCAUCGACACUCACGUGAACACGGCACCGAGGCUGACCGACCGGCGCCCCGUAGUGCGGGCGCGGCAAGGCGAGAACGUGAAGAUCCCGUGUGCGGCUCAGGGUUACCCUGUGCCAUCCUAUUCCUGGCACCGAGUCGAAGGGGGAUGGCAGGUGGCCCUGGACUCGCCGGCGGGCCGCGUGUCGCAAGCCGACGGCACGUUGCUCUUCAGGCGUGCCCAAGUAUCGGACGGCGGCAAGUACGUCUGCGUCGUCAACAACUCCAUCGGCCAGGACCGCAUGGAGACGCAACUGGUGGUCACCGCCCCAUUGACCGCCACGGUUCGCCCCCGGCGCACGCUGGCCACUGAAGGUGCUCCGGCGACCCUCAACUGUACCACCACAGGCCACCCGGUGUCAUCGGUGGUGUGGCUGAAGAACGGACAGCCGGUGUCGUCUCGUGUCAAGAUGCUCACACGAGAGACACUGCACAUCCCCAAUGUGCUACGCGACGACAAGGGCAUGUACCAGUGCUUCGCUCUCAAUGAUUACGACUGGGCUCAGGACACGGCCGAAAUCACGCUAGGUGAUGAUCCCCCGGUGCUGACACAUCGCUUCGCUGAGCAAACAGUGGACCCUGGAGUCCCAGUGUCACUCAAGUGCACUGCCACUGGUGCGCCGCUUCCUCAGAUCACGUGGACGCUGGACGGGGAACCCGUGGCAGAGACCAUGCGGCUGCGGAUAGGGGACUUCGUAACCAACGACGGCCAGGUGAACAGCUUCGUGAAUCUGACGGCGGCGACAACGGAAGACGGCGGCCGCUACCAAUGCCACGCAAGCAACGACGCCGAGACGGUGUCGCACGGCGCGAGGCUGAACGUGCGAGGGCCGCCUCUGGUGCGAGCCAUGCGCAACGUGUCUGUGCUGGCAGGCCGCACGCUGAUGGUCCACUGCCCGGCCGCUGGAUACCCGCUCAGCCAGAUCCUCUGGUACAAAGGGGACGCCCGGCUGCCGCAGAGCAAGCGCCAGAGCGUGUUCCGGAACGGCACGCUUUCUGUUCAUCGGGUGGAGCGAAGCGGAGACGAAGGCGGCUACCGGUGUGUGGCCACAGGCCCCUCGGGAAAGUCUGCCUCCAGGGAUCUCUACGUCAGCGUCAUGGUGGCUCCCGUGGUGGGUCCGUUCUCGUUCCCCGCCAACUUGAAGGAAGGCAUGCGCGCCAUCGUCACCUGCUCGGUGUUGGAAGGGGACAGCCCCGUCCGCAUCCGAUGGCUCCGGGACGGAGCUCCCCUCGCACCCGACGGUAGAGACGUCAAGGUCGAAUCCAGCAACGAGUUCUCCUCCACGCUCUUCAUCAAAGAGGUGAGCUACAAUCAUCGGGGUGAAUACACAUGUGUUGCGUCCAACUCGGCUGCGUCUGCAAACUUCUCCUCCACGAUGGUCGUGAACGUGCCACCGCGGUGGAAAGUUGCCCCGAAAGAAAAGGCCGCAGUGGUUAGUGAAAACGUGGUCAUCGACUGCCAAGCAGAAGGGUCUCCUGCUCCACGAAUCUGGUGGGAGAAAUCAUCAGCUUCACGACCGUCCGAGUACAAAGUGAUCAUCAGCAACUCUCACAUACACGCCCUGGAAAACGGCUCGCUCAUGGUGCGUGAAGCUGAGCGGAACGACAGUGGGUUCUACCUAUGCCAGGCUAGCAAUGGCGUGGGAUCCGGAAUAAGUAAAGUCAUCGAACUGAAAGUCCAUGUACCUGCUCGCUUUAAAAGCGCAUUCAACUCGAAGACUCUGCAGAAAGGCAACACGGCCCAUAUCAAAUGCGAAGUUUUUGGCGAAAAGCCCCUGACUAUUUCCUGGAGCAAGAAUGGCCAACCUCUUGCACCAAAACAUGAUCAGAGAUACGACAUAAAAACCAGUGAAAAAGAAGAAAGUCUUACAUCACAGCUUGAAAUACAAGCCGUCGACAGAAGAGACUCAGCGCUGUUUGCUUGUCUCGGGAGCAACAAACACGGCCAAGAUGAAACCCGGACGCAGUUGAUUAUACAGGAAACCCCUGGCGCACCGUUCAAUGUACGAACUUCUGACGUCACCAGCCGAUCGAUGGUGGUCACAUGGGACCAACCGUACACUGGAAACAGCCAAAUCACAUCGUACCGGGUGCAGAGCAAGACGUCAGGCAUGAAAUGGAGCGGUGAGAUUCGUGAGAACAAGGUGCAAGGAACCGUUACAACACUCACGCUGAGAGAGCUGCGUCCUACUACGGCAUACAUAAUUCGAAUUCAAGCUGAAAAUUCUUUGGGUUCUGGUGACUACAGUCAAGAAGUACAGGUGACGACUGACGAAGAAGCACCUGAAGGCCCUCCACUAAACGUCCAAGCAACCCCAGUUUCCUCAACUACUCUCAAGGUGACAUGGCAGCCUCCAAAAAAGGAGUACCAAAAUGGCCUGCUCAAAGGGUACUAUGUGGGCUACAAGAAACAUGGGUCCUCGGAUACCUACAUCUACAAGACUGUCGACACAACAGGGAGUGUGAAAGAGGAGGCUCUGCUCACGUCACUGCAACGCUCGACAAAGUACGCGGUGCUGGUGCAAGCAUUCAACGAAAAAGGGACUGGUCCGCCAUGCGAGGAAAUCCAUCUUGAGACCUUUGAGAAUGAUCCACCGCCUCCACCAUCACUGAGUGUCUUCAGCACCAGUUCUUCUUCGAUCCAGUUGCAGUGGAACUCAAACACAAAUGAUGAACCAACCAUAAUGGGCUACUACAUCUACAUCAAGUUCCAACACGGCGCAUGGGAGGAGCAUCAGGUUUCUGCUCACCAAACAACAUACACCUUUCAAGAUCUUCUGUGCGGAACAACUUAUCAGUUUUAUGUGGCAUCAUUUAACAAGAUGGGCAAGAGUGACCCCAGUGAAGUGAUGUCAGCAAAGACUCAGGGAGGACCACCAGUGGCACCCAAGCGUGAUGCCGUGCUCAGCGUGAACGGUGCAACACUAACAGUGCACCUGAGCAGCUGGAGUGCGGCGGGCUGCCCCAUCCUGUCUUUCACAGUGCAGUACCGGGUGCAGGACGUGAGCGAGGAGGACUGGGUGCUUGUGUCUGACUCGAUCCCAGCUGAACAAAAAGUGCUUGUGGUGCCUGACCUGGUGGCCGGGAAGUGGUACAUUCUACGUUUAGCAAGCCACAGCGAAGCGGGAACAACAGAACACGACUAUACCUUCAGCACUUUCACCAGAACUGGAGCUAGCAUUCCUCCCUUGAACAGCCUGGAGGGACGGAAGCCGGCGUUUUACAAGAGCGUGAGCAUCAUGGUGCCACUCUUGUGUAUCUUGGCUGUCAUUGUACUCAUUGUGGCUGUACUGGCGUUCAUCAUACCACGGAGACGAAGACAGGCAGCACCUAACCACUUCAUUGAUGCAUGUUCUGAAGACAAGAACCUGGAGGCAAUGAGCCUGUCCAUCCUGAAACAGACCGGGAGCAGCCUGGAGAGUGCCAGCCCCAACAAGGAGCAGCUCUACUAUCCCUCACCCUAUGCCAUGGGUCAGGUGCAGGCACUCAGUAAGCAAGGGGGUGGCUGUACAGACGGUGAGGCAGCAGCAGCACAGACACUCAAGAGAACGAGGCGGGAGCACAUCUACGAAGUACCCUACCCAAGAUGGACUGAGGAAGACAACUACUCACAUAUGAGGGAUGGCACCCCAGCUCCUGUGUCCAACAUUUAUCAGACCCCUCGGAAAACAGGCUUGGCAGCUAGGACAAAUUCAGACUCGGCUGCACAGCUAGCCAUGGAUGAACAGCGGCUGUCCAGAGAAAGCAGAAACCAUAGAUUGGGUUUCAAGUCAUCUAGCCUAGCCUCUGACAAUCAUUCUGCUGCGGAUGACAGUGACAGCGAGGGAGCAGCGUACACAUUUCGCCUGACGACCAAUGGAAGCUACGGGGAUCAUCAAGAGAUGUCAGAGGCAGAGUGUGACAGGGAUCAGCACACAAGAGCCAAACACCUGGAAGCAUUGGGAAUUCAUGUCACUCCAGGCUACGGCAUAACCUGAGACCUACUACAUUCAGAAGAUCUAAACGAAGUGAGGGAGACAUGUGUGUGAAUCGCUUCAUCUCUCAUGGGUCGUCCUCACAAGACUGCACAAUAACUGCACACUGCGCAAACUUUGCCACAACCAGUGUGUGUUGGUGACAGUUGCUUCUUGCUCAUCAGCAUCCCUGAAGCGCUUCAUUUUCAAGACUGCCAGGUGUGCUCUCAAGCUAGGGCGCGAGGACCCAGAGUGCUCUAAAUGGAAGCCUGCAUAUCGUGCCUCAGUGUGAUGAGACUGUGCUGCAUUUUUGUAUGUGAUUGCGGGAAAGGAAAAGUCUUUUGUCUCGUCAUGGGAAACUGCACGUUGCUGCAAUGUGCCACUGCUUUCACACUGCCGACUUGGAAUAAUAAGGCUGUCCUUGGAGUGAUAAGGCUAUGCCCCAAAGUCACAGUCUGGUCAUCAGGGAUGUCGUAAGAAGGUGGGGGUGUCCUCCGGAUUGCUUUGGACCAGCUGGGGUUCACGAAAGGAGAAACCAUCCAGCGAUAUUAAACACAGAAAAUAAAGACCGUACUGUAAAGUCGCUUUCAUUAUAGUACCUAGGUUUACUGAAGCAACAUGGCUAGAAAGCAUUAUUGGCUGUGCAAUGAAGGGAAGUUUUUUGGUUGUUACUGAAAUUCAUGCUAAAAGACUGACCAAAAUCUGUCAGGAUUUCGUGCUAGAGGUGCCAGGUUUCCCUAUCACGUUAUUGUGAUCUUUGAACAUAUAUAUUAAGCUUUGUAUGCCUUUUUAUUUAUUUAUUUUUGUUUUACAUCGCAGGCUUGCUUUUAGGUUGCACACAGCCCUUCUCCCACUUGACCACAUUCUACGUCAUGAAAACACUAACACAUACACCUCGUGGUAAACGAAACCAAAACUGAUUUCAUAGGAAAGCUAUUAAUCAUGUAGUAUAAACUAUUUAGGGCACCCUGAGGCUUGCCAGUAUACUUGAUACAAUAUUGAAUUACUGGACCUUCAUUUAACACAAAAACAAAAAAUUAGGAAAGCCUAAAAUUUCAUGUCAUUACUCCUGUCCCAGAUUUUUAUUAUUUUACCUUUCUGCUUUGUCACUAUGAUUCAUCAGACUGACUUCUGCACAAACUUAUCACUACUGCAUACUGCACAUUGGUAACCUCAGGCUGUUUCUGAUUAAACAAAUGGAAAAAAACUGAGUUUAGCAUUUUUGUGGGGGAGCCCAACACUUAGUAUACAUUUUUAAAAGCCUGGCUAACUGUUUUUCUUAAUUGCUGUAGUUGAACAAUAUUCAUUCAUUCGUUUCGUGUGCGAUCCCGGGGCUUAACAAUGAGUGCAUAGACGGGUUCCUUGUUAAGACAAGAAAAAAAGAAGAAACACUGUACAAGAGAAAACCAAGAUUCAGUUUCAUUUUACAAUAACUGAAAAAUGACUAAUGAAUGUAAUAACACGGCUUUGCACAAUGAAGCAAUGCAUUCGAGUGAUUAAAAAGGUUUGAGUGCGCACCGAAAGAAGCGUUCAGCUGCACUCAAAGGCAAUAGAUUCAUGUUAUGGACAGUUCUGGGAAAAAGGUAGUUUUCUAACAUGGGGGUGUGAGCUAUUAGUGAAGUAUGCAACCUUUUUUGGGUGAAAUAAGUACCUUGAAUAUAGUAUUUAACAGGGCCAUGUCGAUCUUUUGGCACGCAACAUAAUGUCAGCAACUAAAUAAAACAUUGACUUCGAAGGGUCUAUGCAGAAUGUGGUAUAUGCUGGUGCUUUAAGGAAGUUUAGUCCAGAACAUGCAAGAUCAAACUUUGGAAGGUAUCAACGACUGUAAACUUGCACAACAAUUUAACUGUUGUCACCUUGUUCAGUAUAGGCCUCUGCUAUGUAGCAGGCACCGUAGCCAAGAAAAUUUCAACUAGCAUUGAAAAAAGCCUUUCGGGAUCAUUUUUAUGCCCGUUUUUGUAGUCUCCCUUACCACGUGCUACACGAGUGAUUUUAAAAGUUAUGAGAAACUGUAAGUAUAAUUUCUGCACUGUAAAGACAGUGCCUGAAAAGGAUGGAGGAAGUUAGGUUUUUUUGGCACACAGUGCAGCUCACCAAUGCGAAAUAUCAAAUGGCUUCAGAGAAGAACAAAAGUGUUUCACUUUCCUCAAGUUCUUGAAAUUGAUGGUUUUGCAGUUUUACAGUUGCACAUUCUUCACCUGCUUGCAGAUGUUUGCAAGUUGUUUAUGAGCAUGUGACAAGAGUGGGAGACAGAAAUCAUCAACAAAUGGGCCGACAGCAUGUGAAAGCUAUAUGGUGGAUGCAGGUUCGAUAUUUUCGUAAAGGGAAAGGUUGCUAGAUCUUUUGUAAAUAUGUACAGAAGUCAUGUUAUAGUUCAUCAAGCAGACCAUGUUUUAUAUACAGUGUACAGAAAAGAGGAUGCCCGCAGCUAGAAUGUUAACAUUUCUGUUUCGCAUCAAAGAUGCCAAAUGCACUGUUUGCUGUUGUGAAGCAUAAAAGUAGGCAUUUCUUUAAACUUACACCUUUAUUUGUUAUUGUGCUUGGCAUUGUGACAGUUGACCUUACAUGCACUUAUCAGAUAAGACUUGUUGAAUGAAUAUACAUUUGUUUUUUUUUUAAUUGUGACGGAACUUCAUGUUACAAGAGUGCUUCAUGUUAUGGUGUCCUUUCUGGCCCGGAAGAAUGUCUGCAUUGCCUAAAUAAAGUUCUGCAUUGAGAAUUUGCA